GAGGGACACGCACAAAGCACAACCUGCACAACGGAACGGUUUCGUGAGCAGAGCAGGCGGAGCGGACGCGCGAAAAGCGAAGAACGCGACGUUGUGCAGUAAUCGUCGAGAAGCCGCGGUCGUUCAUUAUCCGGCGAGAACUGCGGGAUACUCGCCCGGCGAGGGAACACACGUGCGACUCUCGCGCGUCUUCGUGUCGUCUAGGUUAUAUUCAGCGCGCACACGGAGAUCGGGGUAACAACCGACCGGAGUCAGGAGUUGAUCUUUCGUUGCCUCGACGCGGAAGCGUGCCCGCGAGCGGCGCGAAGGAUUAGAGCGACCGAGGAGGAACGGCGAGGAAGACGAGAAAAAAGUGAGAUCUACCUGUCGAAUCGCAUCGCGAGAAGAAAAGAAGACGUCGAGAGGGAAAGCGAGCUUCAACGCGCCGAGGGGCGCGGAAGAAGUCCGAUCGACGUCGAUCGUCGAUCGCGAGAAGGCGGGACGUAUUUACGGAGCACUCUGUGUAGCGCGGCGAAGGACAAAGCAGGAAUUUUUUCGCGGCAGAAAUAGCGAAAUCGCGAGGUCGAUCGCUGCCCGUCGCAUUUGCCUUCGAGAAGCUCGAGGAAAGACCCGCCGUCGCUUUUUAAAAGAAAGAAAAGAAAUCGUUGCCUUAUCAUUUUGCGUCGUCACGAUAAUAACGGACGGCGCGUACGUUUGUCGGCGGGAAGAAUAAACUAAAGAGGAUUAGAUAAAGAGAUAAGAGAAGAUGGAGAUUAAGCGAAAGAGAGGAGCAGACUCGACCGCGUAUCGCGGCGCGAGGAUUUUCGCGCGAAUGUAUUCGUGGAAAUAAAAAUCUAAUAAUUACAAUUUGUUUUAAUCCCGGUGCGCGAAUACUGGCGAGGAAAGGGAAAAGAGAUAAUCACCGUCGCGCAACCGCCGUUUAAUUAUGACGACCGUAGACCCGGAUGACGAUGUCGAGAAGCUGCCGCAUAUACAGUGGGACAGUGCGGCGGUUCCCGGGCCAUCCGGCUGCAUGUUCCCCGGCGAGAUGACACCGUUGGAAUGCCAAAUAGCCGGUCAUCCCUUCAGUGGCGAGAAACAAACUAUUGGUAUGCUGGUAUGCACACGGACUGGCCGUAUACUGAAACCGGCGACUAAAGUGAUCCUUGGCGAGAGAGAAAUUGCAUUCUACGAAAACUUGAAGAAUUCUCAUGAUCCCGUCGCAACGGAGCUAAAAAAAUUCGUUCCGCGUUAUUACGGCACCACGGAACUGCGUGUCUUUAAUAACCGUACGAAAUUCCUCAUGCUUAGGAAUAUUACAAAGGGUAUGGCCGAGCCAUGUGUGAUAGAUAUCAAGAUUGGUUCUCGCACGUGGGACCCUUUAGCCACGCCAGAGAAGAGGAGAACGGAAGAACUCAAGUAUGCCGAAUCGAAGCGUACUUAUGGUUUUUGUAUAACAGGUUAUCAAGUAUAUUCUGUCUUAACCGGACAAUUAAGGAAAUAUGACAGAGAUUAUGGCAAGCAACUCGGUGUCGCGGGCGUCGUGGAAGCGCUGGAUGACUUCUUGAACUUGAUACCUGGAAAACCAGUCUGUCGGCAAUUGGUCUCCGAAAUCUUGACGUAUCUGUACAAGAUCGAGCGGCUCUUCAACAUGCAGCGGAAAUAUCGUUUCUACUCCAGCUCACUUCUGGUCGCCUACGACGCCCAACACUUACGGCAGCAUUGUCCAUUGAAAGAUGAUAGUUCUGUCCCCCAUUCAGUGCCGAAAGUCAAAGAAAUGAUAUGUGGAUCAGUCCCCUGUAAAGUACCUAACCAGUAUUCAUCUGGAACGAACGAUUUAAUGUUCAAAUCAAGGAUGAAGAGAAGUAUGAGCGAGCCUGUGUCAAUGCCGUGCGAGCAGAUACCUAAUGAGAGCAAAUCUUGCAACUUGAAUGCCAAUGUGGACCGGUUAUGUCGAUCCAGCCCGAGCCAUUUUUCAUUUUCGUGCACGAACGAUGUUACGAAGGAUGAUGAUGUUCCAGUGGACAAGUGCAAGUGGGUCAGAGUGAGGAUGAUUGACUUCACGCACGUCUUUCCGGGAGAGAAUAACGAGUUGGAUCGAAAUUACCGGGAUGGCAUCCAGAUGCUAAUCCGCCUCUUAAGUCUGAUCAAGAAGAGCGAUUGCAUGCAUUAA